GUUGGAAAAUGCUUUCUAUGAGCAUGCACAGACUUACUAUUAUACAGAAAUACGAAGAGUUAAAUCUCAUAAGGAGUUCUUGAACAAAACCACUCAUCAGCUUUUAUUUGUUAGACACCAGUUCAAAAUAGCAUUCUUCAGUGAGCUGAAACAGGAUACGCAGAAUGCUCUCAAAAAUUACAGAACGGCCUAUAAUCUUGUGCAUGAAUUGAGGGCUCAUGAAACAAACAUGCUGGAAAUCAAGACCAUGGCAGGAUUUAUAAACUACAAGAUCUGUCGCCUCUGUUUUCAGCAUAAUACUCCACUCGAUGCAAUUGCUCAGUUCAGGAAACAUAUUGACUUGUGCAAGAAAAAAAUAGGAAGUGCAGAACUGGCGUUUGAGCAUGCUGCCUGGAUGUCUAAACAGUUUCAGGCUUUUGGUGACUUGUUUGAUGAAGCAAUUAAGCUGGGAUUGACAGCAAUUCAAACUCAGAACCCAGGUUUCUAUUACCAGCAGGCAGCCUACUAUGCACAGGAACGGAAACAACUAGCAAGUAUGCUUUGUAACCAUGAUUCGUCUGUGAUAUAUCCCAAUCCGGAUCCCCUGGAAACGCAAACGGGAGUGCUUGACUUCUAUGGGCAAAGACCGUGGCGGCAGGGAAUAUUAAGCUUUGAUCUUUCUGAUCCUGAAAAGGAGAAGAUGGGGAUUUUAUCCCUACAGUUGAAAGAGAAAAAUGUCCUUCACUCGGAGCUAAUAAUCACUUUGUUGAGUAAUGCUGUCGCACAGUUCAAGAAAUACAAAUGUCCAAGAAUGAAAAGUCAUUUGAUGGUUCAAAUGGGAGAAGAAUAUUACUACGCUAAAGAUUACACCAAAGCUUUAAAGCUCUUGGAUUAUGUUAUGUGUGAAUAUCGCAGUGAAGGAUGGUGGACUCUUCUCACUUCCAUAUUGACGACAGCUCUCAAAUGUUCAUAUCUGAUGGCCCAGCUAAGAGAUUAUAUAACAUACUCUUUAGAGCUCCUGGGUAGAG